AUGAAGAAGUUGCCAUGGACGCAGCGGCGGCCGCUGGCGGGCGCGCGCGCGCGGGGUCGCGGGGGGUGCCGCGCAGCCUCGGUGUCCCGGGGCCCGGCGGCGGCGCAGGGCCGCGCUCACGGCCCGGGCGGUACCAUGAAGUCCGUAAAGAAGGAAUCCCGCCUCCGAGUACCUACAAGCAGAUUUCAGGAGGCCGCAGAGACCAUCAAAGAAAAGAGGCGAGCAAAAGUCUCUGAACAGCCCACACCCCCAGUUCAGGAUGAGCCUGAGCCUAUUAGCAAUGUCCUGCAAGGAGAUGACAUUCUUGCCUUAGCCAUUAAGAGGGAAGACUUGAAGAAGCAACACAUCCCUCAUCUUACUGACACGGGAGAUAAACCUGUCAUUACCCAGAAAUUUAUCAUCCGCAAACUCAGACCCACGGAUCCCAGGAGGAAGGUCUGCCACUUAGUAGCACAUCCUGCUAAUCCAGAUGCAGCCACAAAGCCCCUGGACUACUCUGGUCCAGGCGACAGCUUUGAAGGCAGUGACCAAAUCCUGCCCCACCACAUUUUGGGGAAUCUCCAUGACUUUAAGAGAAUUGCAGUUGCUCGUGGGAACACCCAGCUGGCCGAGCUGAUACCCACCUCGCCCUGUCUGCUGACCCUCAUCUCAGCUAGAGAAGAGCAGAGGCCCAAAGCCCCAGAGGAAGAGAAGAGACCUCCCUGGGCUCCGCCUCUUCAGCACAACUUUCUGAAGAACUGGCAGCGGAACAUGGCUCUGCGGAAGAAGCAGCAAAAAGCCCUCAGCAAGCACCUGAAGAAGCCGGUCGGCGAGCUGCUGAUGCACAGCGGGGAGACCUACCGGCACAUCCAGGAGGAGCGCCAGCUUCUUGACCGCACACUGCCAGCACAGCGGGACAGGAAAGUGAGGACAGCUGUCCCUGAGUGCCCUGUGACUCGGGGGGUCUUGACACCGAGACGGCUUGUCUCCGGUUGCACGGUUGGGGAGAGAAAAUCUGUCCAUUGCAAAGCCUUGUUAAAGGCCUUCAGCAGACAUUUCUCAUCCCUCCUCCCCCAGAAGCAAGUCGGAAUUGCUGCUUGCUUGACCUUCGAAACCAUAGAAGGGGAGAAAACGUCUUCAAAACUGACCGUGGCGAAUAAUGGCACAGUGGCCAUCUGGUACGACUGGCGACGGCAGCAUCAGCCAGACGCUUUCGAGGACCUGAAGCGAAGCAAGAUGCAGCGGUUUUACUUUAACAAUCGAGAAGGUGUGAUUCUGCCUGGAGAAACUAAACACUUUACCUUCUUCUUCAAGUCUUUGUAUGCGGGGAUCUUCAGGGAAUCGUGGGAGUUUGGAACCCAUCCCACCCUGUUAGGAGGUGCAGUCCUGCAGGUCAAUCUCCAUGCAGUGUCCCUGGCCCAGGACAUUUUUAGGGAGGAGAGAAAGUCACUGGAGACCAAACUGGCUGCCUACGAGGCGGUCACCAUCGUGCAGAACGUACUGCAGGAGCUGCUGAUGGGGGUCUUGACCCCAGAUCGCGUGGCGUCACCUGCGGAUGCCUAUCUCACUGAAGAGGACUUGUUCCACCUUAAGAAUCCUCGGCUGCACUACCAGCACCAAGUGGUGCAAAACCUGCACAGACUGUGGCGCCAGUACAUGGUCAUGCCCACCACGGCCUUGGAGGCCAAGCUGAGCGGGAUAGAGCACCCCGGCCUCACGGUCCAGUCGGCCCCGGCAGAGAAGACCUUGCUGGGCACUGAACUCUCACCGCGCCCUAGGAGUGUGGUCUCAGAACCUCAAGUGCCCCGGCAGGAGAAUGAGGCCCUCAGGGACUUCAGAGAUGCCUUGGGGUCCCAGAAGACUGGCGCGGAGACCAAGAGUCCCCAGAAAAAGGAUGUCGCACUAGAGAUCGUGGCGGAGCAGAGCUCAGAUGUGCCGGGCAUCAACACCCCCUGGGAGCCAGAUGACCUUCCCACACCCGAGUGGAACCUCUGUUUGGAUGACUUCAGAAAGGCAGUGAAGGUGCUUCCUAAGGAGACCCAGAGGGAGAAUGCGCUAAUCACACUCAACAGAGCAGCCCUGGAGCUGUGCCAGGAGCAGAAGCCGUUGCAGUCCGACCUCCUGCACCAGACGUGUUUGCAGCUGUGGCGUGAUGUGAUUGACAGCCUGGUGAGCCACUCCCUGUGGCUGAGGGCUCUGCUGGGCCUUCCUGAGAAGGAGACCGUCUAUUUGGAUGUGCCACAUGAGCAAGAUCAAAAAUUGCCUCCCAUCAUGGAAGCGAAGAUGCCUACUGGGAGGGCCGGGAAGGAGGAGCGGAAAGGGGCAGCCCAGGAAAAGAAGCAACUGGGAAUCAGAGACAAAGAGGACAAGAAAGGAGCCAAGUUGCCCGGGAAAGAGGAACGACUGAACAGCAGGAAGCAAAAGGCAAAGGAUGACAAGAAAGUAAUGAAACCUGCAAGCCAGGAAGGGUUUUUCUCGGAGGAUCCUGUGCCGGACAGCGUCACCCCUUCCCAGGAGCCCAUCGAUCCCCUGGUCAUGGACAAGUACACCCAGAGGCUGCACAUUGAGGUCUACGGGUUGCUGAACACCCUCGUGACCGAGCUGGUGGUGCUGGCUGAUGAGCUCAGCCUAAAGGAUACUGAGGAGACUCUUCAUCUUUGCAGCUGACUCUCAGGCCCAAGCAACCUUCUGGGAAACCAGAUAACAAACAAAUCAAUAAAGAACCUUGAGAUUUCUACCA